CGUGUUUUAUAUCUGCUACUAGAUCGAUCCGCGACCUUUGAACCAAAACAAGAUGGUCAGACUUUGCACAUGCACCGCAGAUACCAUAACAAUGAAAUGAAGACUCCCUGCGUAACAAUAACCAACGUGAAGCAAGAUGGCCUUGACCUCCAGCUCCGUAGGAUAAUACGUCCUUCCCCAUUACCUCAAUCCCACGCGUCCGGCAAUGUUUCCGGCACCCUGGUCCUGUUUUUUGGUUGGCUGGGAGCGAAGUCACGUUAUCUGGAAUCUUACUUCGACUUAUACCACCAGGAGAACUUUGACAUCCUUUACAUACCCGACAAUGUGAAGCUGUUCGUUUGGCCGCCACUAGUGGAUGAAUUCGCUAAAUCAUUGAUGACCGUGAUUACGAACAACGACGAUAUCAGACGGUAUGACAACUUCCUGGUCCACGGUGUCUCCAUUGGCGCCUACGUUUUCACAUGCUGUUUGAUGAAAGCUGACAAGCACCAGGCACAGUUCUCUCCCUUUGUGGACAAAAUUCAGGGUGUCGUUCUUGAUAGUCCAACCUAUGGAUCGUUUGAAAGAAUGAGAAAAGGAGUUGCUGAAGGACUUGCCAAAAAUCGCAUUGUCAAAGCUGUGAUUCCUAGACUGCUGUCGGUGUAUUUUUACUUAACAUGGAAGUAUACAGUGGAAUUCUUUGAGAAAGCCAUGCAUUUCUUAGAAGAACGUCCACUGAAUGUGCCUUAUGCUAUGUUCUUUUCCCGCGAAGAUCCUAUGUGUGAUGCAGACGUCAUCAUGGAAAUGAUUGAAAAUUGGCGGGAAAAAUCAUCCGUUUCUGUCAUAACAAGAUUUUGGAAGAAAUCUGUCCACGCCGCACACCUACGAUAUCACCCCGAUGACUACAGAGAAACAUUCCAUCAUUUUAUUUCUGUUUAUCUUAACAGAUUACAGGAGCAGAUCAAAAACAGCGCAACAACAAAGUCAAAACUCUGAUUGGUAGUCUCCCCUUAAUCACAGCGAACACGACGAUCGAGUACAUGUAUCACUGAUAAACUGGGCGAGAAAUAUUAUAACCCUACCAAAAACACCAUUAAAAUGUAAUUCUAGGACAUUUUACAAAUUAUUUAUUAACAUGUUAUAUUGUUAAUUUAUUUUUA